AUGGAGCAGCACUCGAGAAUGAAUAACUUGGAGAUACAAUGCCUGCCCGAGCAUAGAGCUGAGAACUUACCCAAUAUCAUCACUCAAAUAGGAAAGGUAACUGGCACUUGUAUCUCAGAUGCAGAUAUUCACAAAUGCACAAGGAUUGCGAAGAUAAGCCGUGAAAAUCCACGACCCCGUUCUGUGUUCGUGAAGUUCUCGAGUCCACGAAUCCGGGAUACAUUCUUGGCUGGAGUGAUGAAGUUUAAUAAGAGAAUCAAAGAUGAAAAGCUCAACACCAGUCAUAUCGGAAUAGGAGGCGAGAAUAAACCAAUUUAUGUAGUCGAGCACUUGACCCCAGAAUUAAAGAAAAUACAUGCCUCCGCCAGACUGACAGCUAAAAAACUAAAAUACAGAUUUGUAUGGAUAAAAAAUGGUCGUGUUUUCUUAAGGAAAACUGAUGAAUCGGAACAUAUUGUUAUACGGAAUAUUGAACAGUUGGAACAGUUAAAAUCUUAA